UUUGCAUGUGGGAUGGAAAAUGGAUUCCGAGUCUAUAACACUGAUCCACUGAAAGAGAAAGAGAAACAAGAAUUUUUAGAAGGAGGAGUUGGCCACGUGGAAAUGUUAUUUCGCUGCAACUAUUUAGCUUUAGUUGGUGGUGGAAAAAAGCCAAAAUACCCUCCUAACAAAGUGAUGAUCUGGGACGACCUGAAGAAGAAGACUGUCAUUGAGAUAGAGUUCUCCACCGAGGUCAAGGCUGUCAAGCUGCGGCGAGACCGGAUCGUGGUGGUCCUGGACUCCAUGAUUAAGGUGUUCACCUUCACGCACAAUCCCCACCAGCUGCACGUCUUUGAAACCUGCUAUAACCCUAAAGGCCUCUGCGUCCUGUGUCCCAACAGUAAUAACUCCCUCCUGGCCUUCCCUGGCACCCACACUGGCCAUGUGCAGCUCGUGGACCUGGCCAGCACUGAGAAGCCACCUGUGGACAUCCCCGCACAUGAGGGCAUCCUGAGUUGCAUUGCUCUCAACCUGCAGGGCACAAGAAUCGCAACUGCGUCUGAAAAAGGGACCCUUAUAAGAAUAUUUGAUACUUCAUCAGGGCACCUGAUCCAGGAGCUGCGAAGAGGAUCCCAAGCAGCUAACAUCUACUGCAUCAACUUCAAUCAGGAUGCUUCUCUCAUCUGUGUGUCCAGUGACCAUGGCACAGUGCACAUUUUUGCAGCUGAAGACCCAAAGCGGAAUAAACAGUCCAGUUUGGCAUCAGCCAGUUUCCUUCCCAAAUACUUCAGUUCCAAAUGGAGUUUCUCCAAGUUUCAGGUCCCCUCAGGCUCUCCAUGCAUUUGUGCCUUUGGAACAGAGCCGAAUGCGGUCAUUGCAAUCUGUGCCGACGGCAGCUACUACAAGUUCCUGUUCAACCCCAAGGGCGAGUGCAUCCGGGACGUGUAUGCGCAGUUCCUGGAAAUGACCGAUGACAAACUGUGACUUCACCGUGAGCAGGCUGUGCUUGCCGCCCAGCGUCCCCGGUCUCCUGGGGCUGGUGCCAGUGCCCCAGAGCCUCAUGGGAACGGGGCUGGAGGGAUUGCCCAGGACCUCAGUCUCGAAGCCAUAUGUGGUUCUCUGCCUUCCUGAGAAAGGUCUCCCAUUACCCAACUUCAAGAGAAUGCUCAUCACCACACCUGGACACUCGGUGGCUCUGGGCAGCCCCUGCUUGCCCGCCAGCCACUACCCUUUAGCUCAGCUGCCACCUUAGCUAGUAGCUCCAGCACAUCCUGUACUGGUGGGCUCCAUCCCAGCCUAGGGACAGGGCUGCCAAGGAUGGGCACAUGGAGGUUUGUUCCUGCCACAAACCCACUGUUUUUUCGGAGAAGCAGACAAGUGAAGAAGUCAGCAGUGCAACACCACCUGGAGCCCACACCUGCAGUCCUGGCACCUGGACACGUGUCUCUUGGGAGCACAGCCUGCUCUGGGCCUCAAGUGGCUGUCCCCACCCUGUUGGAGCCAUUAGGACGAGGCUAACACUACCCUCCAGCACAGAGUUGUGUCCACCCACCAGAGCCCUGUCCUUAUGGGGGUGCUGCAGCGCUUCCCCACCAUCUAUGGGUACAGAGCAGCGAACAGUGUCUGAAGGUGUGGCUGUCCUCAGCAUCCCUGGUCCUCAGCCCUUCCCAGAAACCCAGGGCCCCCAUGCUGUGGAAGGCCAAACCAAGCUCCGGUACAGGAUGGCCCUCCCCAUUCUGCAGCUCCCUUCAAGAGGCAUUUGAUUGCCACAUCUUGGAGCUUGUACCCAAAUCUCUUCAAUGGAUCGGAAAGAACCACAAAUGAACAACCAAGAUCCCUGUGGAGCAGAGAAGAGCAGAUGGAGCAGAGGACGUUGCACCGCUGCCAAAUCCCAGGCAGCACUGGGUCCUACUUCCUGAUGUCUCAGACCGUGAGCGAUGUGCGUGUUGGUGCCUUGUGCUGCACCAGACGAUGUAGAAACAGACAGGCCACACAGACAGCCUCCCAGGCCAGUCUGGUUAUGUCUUUGGAGCAAAGGGACUGGAAUUGCUGGGCCUGAGGGCUUUGAGUUCAGUAUGCAUUUGCCACCUCCUCACCUGGAGCCCUGACCCAUCCUCCAGAUACCUUUGCUGGGACCAGGGGCCGAGCCGUUUUUUCUGUGUGAAAGAACUGAGAGCCAGUGGCAGUGGGUGGGGCUGCCUGGGGAAUACGGGCUGCUCCAGAAGCCUUGGUGGGACCAGACGGCAGCUGUUGCUGUCAGGUGGCCUUUCAUCUAGAACAGCAGCUCAAAACCCUGGAAAUGUGGGGAUGGUCAGCUGUCAGGUGCCUUGGGGGCUGAGCUCGCCCCUGGGGUCAGUCCAGAGGUUGGCAGGGCCUGUCCACGCUGCACCCUUCUGACACCCAGCCGCUUUGAGGUGGGAAGACGCCACACCUCCUUUCCCGUUUCCUGUGUUCUGCUGGACAGGAGGGACCUGGAGUAUGUGGCUGGCUCUGCCUCGAUUGUGGGGGCCUCAUCGGACUGGAAGUCCCCUGGACGACUCAUGCUCCUACCCCAGCUGCCCCAGGAAAGGCAGGCUCCACACUCUGGCUACAGAACACUGUGAUGCACGCCACCUGCUGUUGGUACCCUGGUGUAGGUCCACCACCCGCAAAGCCUGUGCCCUGCCUCUCGAAGCCACAUGUGGCUUACACUGGUCCUGGUGCUCGGGGAUGCUUGACCUUGAGCGUUUCUCGUACACGUGUCAGUCGUACUCGUCUACUGACGGCCACUGGUGCCUGUCUUGUGGCACAUCUGUGACUCCAGUUGUGGCGUGGACACAGCAGAUGGUUCCUUGGCCUGGCUGCCUUGUGAGCUGCUGAGGAAUGUGCAUGGCUGGGCAGUGGCCUGUGGUAUGAAGGGCAGGGCUGGCACAGAGGACGCUGGGGCAGCCUGUUGGGCCCAGGCUGGGUGGCGAUGGCCUGUUCCCCAUGUUCUGUGGGUGUGGGCACCACCUGGCUUUGGGGCUCUGGGCGCCUGCACAUGGGUGUAGUUCAUGCUGGGCACUGGAGUUCAGGUCUGUGCUUCUGUGCUGUGGGCACUGGUUCAAGGACGUCUGCUGCAUGCAGCCUCCUCCAGAUGCAGACGUGCGCUGCAUCGUAGGGGCAGAGGUGUGCUUGGUACAGGUGCCUGGCAGUGCCAAGGGAGAUGCCACCUGUGGACCGCAGAAGCUUGUGGGGUCACCAGUAGGUGCCUGACCUGCAUCCCCCUGCUGAGCUGGGCUCUGGCAGAACCUGAGCCUCUGGGGCAGGUGAAGGGGAGGGUCGGCCAGACACUGGGAAGCAGACGUCCUAGAAACCUCCGCAGUGGGUGUGACCCCCCCCCCCCCAAAGAGCCAGUGCUCUUGGGCUUCUAUUUCCCAGUCUGCACAAAGGCUCAGAUUCUCGCUGCCAUUUCCUGCUCGGAGUUCACACCAAUGUCACCAUGAGAGGCUCCACUGAGCUGGCUGUUUGUUCCUAUCGGAACUUGUGACCACAGAAGCCCUGGCCCAGCAGGAAGGAGGGAGAGCCCUGAUGAGGAACCCUGUUCCAGGGGAGCCCAGAGUGUGAUGUGUGCCCAGACUCCAGUGACCGACAGCAUGUGGCAGGUGGGCAGCACCAGCACCUUCAGGAAGGCUGACCUGCUCGAUGGGCUGCAGACCAGUGCCGGCCUUCCCCAGGCUGAGGCUGCCUGCAGCAGCCACAGCAGCACAGUGCCACCCCAGGGCCAGAGGCCUGCCAGCCGCACCUCUGGUGCUUCCACAAGAAGACGAUGCACCAUUCAACUAAAAUU